AUGAACCAAGAAACCCAAGUCAAGAAAACACAAAUUUUAAUUACUGAUAUACCAAAGGAGAAAUUUGUUUCUAAAUGGCCACAAGAAUUAGAAGAAAAAAUCUUUGAUGAGAAUUUCCCCAAUUUGAAGAUUAAUUUACAAUAUUUUACUCCUUUGCAAUUCUUAAGUAGAAUUGUUAUCAUCAUGAAUGAUCAAGAAUCUACAGAUGUAAUCUAUGAAUUCUUGCAAAAGUUGAUGAAGGAAUUGGCUCCAACUCCAAUUAAACUUUAUUUAACUGAAUCGUUAUUAGUGAAUAAUGCUAAGGGUGAUUCGAAUAGACCACCAAUUAGAUCACGCUCCUUUGAUGACAUGGAGAAAAUCAAUGAUAACAAUGAUGGUAAGAAUAGUUUACAAAAACCAAUAUUAUCAAUAGAUACAGACCCUGUGAGGACUGGUAUUGCAGUAGGUUCUUUGGCAUUGGGUGGUCCAUCUUUAUCUCCUGAUAGAAGAACCUCCAUAGAAUCACCCACGCUGUUGAAAUUUGCUCCAGAUUCUAAAUCAAUAUAUUAUAAGGAACCCGCUCCAAAGAUAUCACCACAAUCUACAAAGGAAUCAUCUUCGUCUCCAGUGGAUGGUUCACAAACAAAGUAUUUAUUCCAACCACCACCACCAUCAAGUGAUGUUGUAAAUUCGAAUGCGAUUCGUCCAAAUACGUUGAAAGUGAAUACCUCAUCAUCAACAUCAUCAUUAUCUGUAGCAUCUGGGAAGGAUUCGUCAUCUACUCCAAACACCCCACCAAAGAGUCCGACCAUUACAUUAAAUGAAUUUGCUCACUAA